AUGGCCGCGCUGCGCGCGCUGCAGCAAUGGUGCCGGCAGCAGUGCGAGGGCUACCGAGACGUGGACAUCACCAACAUGACCACGUCGUUCCGCGACGGCCUGGCCUUCUGUGCCAUCCUGCACCGCCACCGGCCCGAUCUGCUGGACUUCAGCAAGCUCAGGAAGGAAGACAUCUAUGAGAACAACAAGCUGGCCUUCACUGUGGCUGAGGAGAAGCUGGGCAUCCCUGCCCUGCUGGAGGCCGAGGACAUGGUGGCCCUGAAGGUUCCUGACCGGCUAAGUAUCCUAACUUACGUGUCCCAGUAUUACAACUACUUCCAUGGACGUUCUCCAAUUGGGGGUAUUGCUGGUGUGAAGCGGGCGCCCGAGGGCUCCGCCGAGGGACCAUCAGGAAAGAAGGCACUACCCCAGCUGGCCACAGCGACCUCGCCUGCCCCUGCCCGAGGGCCCCCAUCGUCCCCUGGCAGGACCAACUCUGUGGUCCAGAGGAAGGAGGAGGGCCCGGCCACUAAGUCUCCCGGGUGUGGGUGGCUGAGCCUGGUGUCACCUGGGGUCAGUGGCUCCCGCACCUGCUUCCCCCAGGGCCUGCUCAGCAGCAUCUGCGCCAUCUGCGGCAAGCACGUGCACCUGGUGCAGCGGCACCUGGCCGACGGGAAGCUGUUCCACCGCAGCUGCUUCAGGUUGAAGCCACCGCACCCAGGCACCGGGGAGUCCGUCAGCCUCACCCAUGCCGCCCAGCAUGCCAAAGCCAGCCCUCCUGGCUCCCGAGUGCCAGGAGGAGCUCUCGGGCAGCAGGCGGCCAUCCCCAUGGACACUGGGUCCCCCAGCACCCCGAGGAAGGGCCAGGAGGCAAACGGGCUGAGGGCAGCCUGGGAACCCGCACGGACCCGUGCAGCUGCCUCUCGGGCUGCCACCCCCAGCCCCCUCAGCCCGACAGUCACCACCACCACUGUGCGUGUGGCUAACAGCUCCCCGACUGGCUGGAAGUCACCUUCCCAGGGCACAGCGGUGGUGGCCUCUCCCCUGUCCCUGGAUCCUUGCCCGGCUGUGCCACCAGGCCCCAAAGCACAAGAGGCCACUCUCCCGACCAAGCCCUCAGGUGAGGCGGGGGCCCCAGGCUGGAGGCUGCAGGCGUCCAGGACCCAGCAAGCCCGAGAGAGGUUCCUCCAGCCUCCAGCCACCACUGCCACAAGCAUGGCCAUCACCACCAGGAUCACGGCCACUGCUGCCAUGACCAUGGCUACCAGUACCACGGCCACCACCACCAGCACAAUGGCCACCACCACCAAGGCCACGACAACCACCACCAAGGCCACGACAACUACCACCACCAACGCCAUGACCACCACCAGCAAGGCCACAACCACCACCACCAAGGCCACAACAACCACGACCAAGGCCACGGCCACCACCACCACCACCAAGGCCACAACAACCAACACCAAGGCCACAACCACCACCACCAAGGCCAUGGCCACCAGUACCAUGGCCACCACCACCACCACCACCAAGGCCUCAACAACCACCACCAAGGCCACUGCCACCACCACCAAGGCCACGGCCAUCAGUACCACGGCCACUGCCAUGGUCACCAGUACCCACCCAGCUGCUUCUGGUGACAGCAGCAGGGAGCGAGCACUGAGCCUUCUCAAGAAGGCCCUGCCAGGACUGGCGGGGACUGACAUGCAGGUGUCUGCCAGGCCUUUCCCAGCCGCCUCCUCGGCCCCAGACCCCCAACCCAAAGCGGAACAACCACAAGCCAGCCCCCCAGCCAGGCCGCUGCCUCCUUCUAGGACCCCUGUUCCCACUGGAAAGGCAGAGCUGAUGGCGUCCCCCAGUGUGGGCCACUCCUCCGCGACAUCCACACCCCGGGCACACGGGGGUCUCACAGCUGUGCCCACGGGGACGAAGCCAGAGCCCCCAGUAGCUCAGGGCCCAGAAGGCCAGGACGGACCUGCGGGGUGGCGGGCCCACCUGAGGCCCGUGGAAGCCCGGAGGAACCCAGCCCCGAGGGGUCCGGAGCCGCAGACACCACCAGGAAGCCAUGUUCCCAGGAGGGACAGCUCCAGGAGGGCCUCGGGGGACUCCCAGGGGAGCACCCGCGUCACUCUGACCCCCAUGAGCCCUGCAGCUGCUCUGCAACCCCCGCCGGCCACUGCAACUCCCUCCCCCAGCCGCCGCCGCCGACUGGCCGUGCCCCCCAGCCUGGACAUCUCUGACGAUUGGCUUCAGCCUGAGCCCUUGGGACAGCGAGCCCAUGGGAAGGAGCGGCCAGACAAGCCCCCUUCGGGGACCAGUGCAGGGAGGUCCUUGGGCCCGGCGGUGACUUCCCCAGUGAGGCUGCACCCUGACUAUGUCCCUGAGGAGGAGAUCCAGAGGCAGCAGCUGGACAUCGAGGCGCAGCUGGACGCACUGGAGCUCAGGGGCGUAGAGCUGGAGAAGCGCCUACGGGCGGCCGAGGGUGAUGCCACCGAGGACGCCCUCAUGGUGGAGUGGUUCCAGCUCAUUCACGAGAAGCAGCAGCUGCUGCGGCUGGAGUCGGAGCUCAUGUACAAGUCCAAGGACCAGCGCCUGGAGGAGCAACAGCUGGAUAUCCAGGACCAGCUGCGCCAGCUGAUGGCCAAGCCCGAGGGCCUCAAGUCCCCGCGGGAGCGGCGGCAGGAGCAGGAGCUGCUGGAGCAGUACCUGAGCACGGUGAAUGACCGCAGUGACAUCAUCGACUCCCUGGACCAGGACCGGCUCAGGGAACAGGAGGAGGACCAGGUGCUGCAGAACAUGAUCCAGAGCCUGGGCCUGCAGAGGAAGAAAUCCAAGUUCCGCUUGUCCAAGAUCUGGUCCUCGAAGAGCAAGAGCAGCUGA